AGUACCCAAUUUUAGACAUUCUUAACCUCUCUAUACUUUCCCUUUCCGAAAAAAAAAACCAAUCAAAUCUCUUAAAUCAGUAAAUGGAUCUUCUCUGCAAAACCUACUCAAAUAGUUCCGAUGAUGAAAAAGAAGAAGAACAAAAACCUUCAAAAUUCAUUCCUCCUCCAUUAAAGCGGCUCAAACCCUAUUAUUCAGCAGCUCCCGAAACCCUUUUUCAAGGUCCGAAUCCCCGAAUUGGAGCUCCGAAUCCAAUUCCUGGAAAUGGCAGGUACAUCUCUAAAAGAGAGAAAGCUCUCAUGGCUUCUUCUUCGUCAUCCACUCACCUCAAUCCUCCUCCUUCUUUACCUUCUUCACAUGAAAUGGGAAAUAUAUCUAGUACAAACCUGAGACAGGAUAUUCAGUUGUCUUUAAGAAAGCGAGCAAAUACUUGUGCAGAAGAGAGAAAAUUACCCUGUAGGUUUACUAUUAAUUUAAAGGGGCACCUGAAACCAGUCAAUGCUGUACAGUGGUCAACAAGUCAUGCCCAUCUUUUGGCGUCUGCUGGAAUGGAUAAUUAUGUCUACAUAUGGAAUGUAUGGAGUGAGCAAAAUAAAAAGGCACGUGUUUUUAGUUAUCAUAAUGCGGCUGUGAAAGAUGUGAGGUGGUCACCUCAGGGACAAUCUAUACUUUCAUGUGGUUAUGAUUGCACGUCAAGGUUGGUUGACAUUGAGAAGGGUUCAGAAGUUCAAAGUUUCACAGAGAACCAAGCCAUUACGGCUAUUAAGUUUCAUCCACACAACUCCAAUCUCUUCCUCUCUGGUGGGUCAAAGGGCCUCCUCAAAUUGUGGGAUAUUCGCAUAGGAAAGGUGGUCCAUGAGUAUGUAAGACGCCUAGGGCCAAUACUUGAUGUUGAAUUCAUGAAUGACGGCAAGCAAUUUAUCUCUUCAAGUGAUGUAUCUCAAAGCAAUCUUAGUGAAAAUUCUCUCAUUGUCUGGGAUGUUUCUCGGGAGGUGCCUCUCUCCAAUCAGGUUUAUGUGGAGGCUUAUACAUGCCCUUGUGUUAAAUGUCAUCCUUUUGAACCCUGGUUUGUGGCUCAGUCAAAUGGAAACUACAUUGCUAUCUUCUCCACUAAACAUCCAUUCAGACUCGACAAAUACAAGAGGUAUGAUUCCCAUGGUGUCUUUGGUUUUCCCAUCAAGUGUUGUUUCAACUUGGAUGGAGAAAUACUUGCCUCCGGCUCCUCGGAUGGUGAGAUCAAUUUUUACAGUGUCAAAUCAUCCAACCUCAUAAAGAAGAUUAAAGCUUAUGAUCAGCCAUGCAUAGAUGUUGCAUUUCAUCCUGUCAUCUCUAAUGUUAUCGCUUGCUGUAGUUGGAGUGGGGAUAUUUCAGUGAUUGAAUGAUGGUAUCGGAUCUUCCAAAUGAAUCCCGGUUUAGCUUACUAAUCAUCUUGCCCACUAAUUUUACGAGGGGAAGUAUAUUUGUAGUUCAGCCUAAUUGUCUAAUUGUCUGAUUGAUGACUAAUUACUAAGUAGGUUGUUAACCUCGUCAACCAUACUCCAGCUAUUCUUGUUUCAUAUGGCAAAUAAAUUACUGUGGUGCUGCCUUGCUGCGUUAAUGUCAUUCGUACAUUUUCAUAUGUUAAAACAGACCUGAGAAGUGAAAAUUCCAUAUUUUAUCAUUUUAUGGCUGUUACAAGAGAUCUGGUAAAGUUAAGUUUCUGAGCA